AUGGGGACACCUAGGGCAGUGAAAAGUCAGGCUAUAGCGAAUUUAUUGCUGCAGUUUCCAAGAGAGGAAGAAUUCCCGCUGGAUGAUGAAGUUCCAGGGGAAGUAACUAUGGCAGAGGAAGACAGGGAACAGUGGGUAAUGAAAUUUGAUGGGUCUUCUACUACCCAUUCCGGAGGGGUGGGAGUAGUUCUGUAUCAUGAAGAAGACAAGGCAGUGGCACUAUCAUUUAAGUUGGAAUUCCCCUGUUUAAACAACAUGGCAGAGUACGAGGCCUAUCUAACUGGGCUUGCCACAACGCUCGAAAUGGGAGUCAAACAUUUGAAAGUACUGGGAGAUUCGAACUUGGUCUUCUGCCAGGCCAAAGGAAGUUUUUCCUUAAAAGAGCCCAGCCUAGCUCCGUACAGAGCAAUGGCCCAGAGAAUGGAAGAGAAAUUCUCAACCUUUGAGAUAGAACAUGCUCCAAGAAACGAAAAUCGGUUUGCGGACGCGUUAGCCGCAUUGGGUUCGCAAAUAAUCUUUAAAGGGAGUAGCACUAACAUAGAAGUUAGCAAGAGGGAAGAAUCCAUCAUUGAGGUGUUGAAGGAAAAGUUCCGGGAGGAACAGGGCGAAGGGGAUUGGCGAAACCCCAUAAAGGAAACCUUGGUAAAGGGAGACGACGCAGCAGAAUUGAAGAUAUUAAAAGACUAUGCCUUGCUUGCGGCAGACAAGGAGAAGAGUUAUGCUGUGUUCAUUAGCGAGGAUUGGAGAAGCCCUUUCGUGCAGUACCUAGCAGAAGGCGUCCUGCCACAAAGGCACAGUGAAAGGUACAAACUUAAGAGGUUGGCAACACGUUACUUCUUGCAUAACACGGUCCUUUUCAAAAAAGGAUAUGAUGGAGACCUUUUGAGGUGUUUGGGUCCUGAAGAGGCUAAAGAAAUGGUAAAAGAAGUACAUUCAGGGGAAUGCGGUGAACAUCAAGGGAAGAAAAAUCUUUACAGGUGCCUGCUGCAGAUGAGCUACUACUGGCCAACCAUGAAGAAAGAUGCGGCAGAAUUUGUAAAGAAGUGUCACAGUUGUCAGGUACAAGCCAACUUGAUUCAUAUCCAUCCACAAGAUGAGGUUUGGGGUACAUAUGGAUAUUUGGUAGGGCCAGUCAACCCGCCAUCACGUGGGUACAUAUGGAUAUUGGUAGCUACAGAAUAUUUUACCAAGUGGGCGGAAACAGUACCACUCCGCAAGGCCACAAGGGGAGCAGUAGCAAACUUCAUCAAAGAAAAUAUAAUUGUGAGGUUUGGGGUGCCCCACAAGAUCAUCAGUGACAAUGGCACACCAUUUGUCAAUAGCGAUGUAAGAAGAAUGCUAGAAUUCUACCAAGUCAAGCACCACUGGUCAUCACCCUACUACCCUCAAGGAAACGGGCAGGCAGAGGCAACAAACAAAGUUCUCAUAAAGAUCAUCAACAAGAUGAGCCAAGAGUAUGCGGGAGGAUGGGCAAUGCACCUGCCAGAUGCUCUCUGGGCAUACAGAAAAUCACCAAAGUCAGCCACAGGCUUUUCACCCUUUUCCUUAGUCUACGGAACUGAAGUAGUGAGUCCGGCAGAAAUAAUGAUACCGUCCCUAAGGGUUAUGCAGAUGCGAGAAAAAGAAAAAAAGGGAGAAAUCUUCGCGGCAUAA